UUUUUUUUUUUGUUUCAACUUUUCAUCUUUUUGCUUUUAUAUACACAACUUUUGCCAUCCUCGUACAUUAACGUCAUCAUCUAUCAUUAUGCCUCAUUCCUAUCUAGUCAUUGGUGGCAACGGAUUUCUUGGCCGACAUGUGGUUGAACAAAUCCGACAACGUCAAGAUGGAUCUUCGAUUGCCGUGUUUGAUAUUAGCGAACCCACGGAUCCUGAUGCCGAUGUUAUUUACCAUGUGGGUGAUUUACGUAAAUAUGAAGACGUGUUAAAGGCCAUGACACAAACCAAGAUUUCGGCUGUUAUUCAUACAGCAUCUCCUCCUCAUGUCAAUUCUAGCAAUCCUCCUCGGGAUCUUUACUUUUCCAUCAAUGUCGAUGGUACAAAGAAUGUGAUCAAGGCUUGUCAAGAAGCCCAUGUGCCUAUUCUGGUUGUCACAAGUUCUGGAAGUGUUAUUUCUACUGGUGAACCCAUGUUUAAUGUUGAUGAAACUACUCCUUAUCCUCCUCAAGCCAUUGAUGUUUAUACUGAAUCCAAGAUUGAAUGUGAAAAAGUGGUAUUGGCAGCAAAUGGUCAAGGUGGUGUACAAACAUGUACGAUUCGACCCUCUGCGAUUUUUGGACCUGGAGAUCGUCAAAUGAUUCCUGGCUUAUUAGAAGUAUGUCAACGUGGACAACAUCGAUUCCAAAUUGGCAAUAAUACGUCGUUGAUGGAUUUCACAUAUGUGGGUAAUAUUGCGUAUGCGCAUGUACUUGCGGCAGAAAAAUUGGCCUUGUCUUCGGAUUCUCCUGUGGGUGGUCAAGCAUUCAAUUUGACCAACGGUACUCCUGUUCCAUUUUGGGAUUUCGCUUCCAAGGUUUGGUACGAAUAUGGUAUGGAUAUGCCCAAAUCAAAAAAAAUCAUUCUCUCCUACAAUGCCAGUAUGGUGAUUGCUUAUAUCAGUGAAACUAUCUUCAACAUCAAGGCUCUCUUUUGGAACAAGGAUGAUCUCAAGGAAGGUAUGACCCGUUCUCGUAUCAAGCAAGCCAUGAGUUCUCGCUACUUUAACAUUGAUAAGGCACGCAAACUCUUGGGUUAUGAACCUAUCAUUGGUUUAGAAGAAGGUAUCAAACUUGGUCUUGAGUAUUACAACGCCCAUCAUGGUAAAAAAUAGAUCUAGCGUAAUAGAUACAUUGUUUAGAACCAUUCUUUUUAUUUUACAUUAUUAAUAGUAUUAUUUUUUAUUAUUGUUAUUUUUACUGUUUAUUCAUAUUUAUCUAUCUCCUAUACCGAAUAAUAAAAGAAAGACUUUGUUUUUGGAUCCUAUGUCAUGGUCCUGUAUCUAUCAUCAUCCAACAACAUCAACGCGACCAAAAUUAUGACCAUACCUGAAUUAUCAAUUCAUCCAAUGUAUAUUUUAUUUCUUUUAUAUAUAUAUAUAUAUAUAUAUAUAUAUAUCAAACAAACAAAAAAGAUACUAGAGUAACAGAUCUAUCUUAAAAAUUCCAUCCAGAGUUGUCU